ACGGUCAUACUAAUAGUAUCUUUUAAGACAUUUUGCUCGUUUUGCAAAAAACUAUCAAAAUAAACAAUUUUUGCCAGACAUUUGAGUAGAAGUAUCUUAUUACUUAAAGUAAAACACCAUGUCGGCCGAUGUGCGCGAUAUUCUGGACAUGGAGCGUGCCAACACGCCCGAGGUGACGCGGGAUUCAUUUCUGGCCACCAAGAAGCGCAACUUUGAGCGGACCAAGACUGCAUCCCGGCGUCCGGAGGGCAUGCAUAGGGAGGUGUUCGCCCUGCUCUACACAGACAAGAAAGAUGCUCCGCCUCUCCUGCCCACAGAUACCGCUCUGGGAAUCGGAUCGGGAUACAAAGAGACGAAGGCCCGCCUGGGCAUGAAGAAGGUGCGCAAGUGGGAGUGGGCGCCCUUUUCGAAUCCGGCGCGUAACGAUUCGGCGGUCUUUCACCACUGGAAACGGGUCACCGACAAUUCCACCGAUUAUCCGUUCGCCAAGUUUAACAAGCAGCUGGAGGUGCCCUCGUACACGAUGACGGAGUACAAUGCUCACUUAAGGAACAACAUCAACAACUGGAGCAAGGUGCAAACCGAUCACCUAUUCGACCUGGCCAGAAGGUUCGAUCUUCGCUUCAUUGUGAUGGCAGAUCGCUGGAACCGUCAGCAGCAUGGAGCCAAAACUGUGGAGGAGCUCAAAGAACGGUACUAUGAGGUGGUCGCCCUGCUCGCCAAGGCCAAGAAUCAGACGAGUGAGAAGAAAGUGUUUGUUUAUGACGCCGAGCACGAACGGCGCCGCAAGGAGCAGCUGGAGAAGCUGUUCAAACGCACGACACAACAGGUGGAGGAGGAGAAUAUGCUUAUCAACGAGAUGAAAAAGAUCGAGGCGCGCAAAAAGGAACGCGAGCGCAAGACACAGGACCUGCAGAAGCUCAUUUCGCAAGCGGAUCAGCAGAAUGAGCACGCAUCGAAUACGCCGAGCACGCGAAAGUACGAGAAGAAGCUGCACAAAAAGAAGGUACACCAGCAGCCGCGACCCUCCAGGGUGGACUCAGUGGUUAAUGCCAUAGAGAUCGGUAGCAGCGGCAUCAAGUUCUCCGACCUGCGCGGUUCCGGGGUUUCUCUGCGCUCGCAGAAGAUGAAGCUGCCGGCGAAUAUCGGCCAGCGCAAGGUGAAGGCCCUCGAGCAGGCAAUCCAGGAGUUUAAAGUUGAUCCCGCUCCGCCGCCCACGGAGGACAUUUGCACCUCCUUCAACGAGCUGCGUUCCGAUAUGGUAUUGCUCUGCGAGCUUCGCACCGCCCUGUCCACCUGCGUCUACGAAAUGGAGAGCCUGAAGCACCAAUACGAAGCCGCCUGCCCGGGAAAGACACUUAACAUACCGCCCUCGCUGGUGCCCAUCAAGACCGAAGCCCUGGACAAUAGCACAAAUUAAUUAAGUUAACGCGGCCCGUUUCCACUCAGAUUCCCCAGACGCCGAAGUGUGUGCGGCGUGCUAAUCAUUGUAACCCGUUUUCCACUGUCCAUAUUUGUGCAUUUGCGCUACUCCCAGUCCGCAUGGGGAAAUAAAUGGAUAAACAAGAAAA